UCGAGCGCGAGAGGCGAACCGCUCAGCGGCAGAGCGGUUCCGUUGGCUCGUUGGAAAGAAAGGAAGGAGAGUCGCGCGUCGCGCCACUCGACUAAGGUAAACAAAAGACGCGGUCCUCGGGUCAAGUUCAGAUGAAGUGCUCGAAAAGCCUUCGCGAGCUCGCCAAAAUGUCGACCGGGUGAGUGGAAUGCGCGCUCGGCCGGAAGACGUGGAAUAAUAUUUUGCUGACGGCUAUCAAAAGAUGUCUGAUAAAAAGUUGUCUUCCAACGGGUAAUUGUAUCUUGAGGAGGAGUUGCGCCGCGGCCUAAAAAGUGUGGAUUUAUGUCGAUUACCUGUAAGCUGUAAAUAUAUGUUGAUAAACAAUCGGUAAAUGGAUGUUACAACACUUCUACCAUGUUAGUCGACAAAGAAUAUGAUAUUAAUGAUACCUUCUCACUGGCCGGAAUGUCGUAAGCACGAGAGAGUCAAAGGAAUAUUAAAUAGCCAAUGGUCGGAGCAACCAGACUGUCGUUGACUCCUACGUCCUGGGAUUAAAAGUGGGUUCAUAGAUAAUUUGACGUUAUCUAACGAACUGAUCGUCGCUUUAAGUAUUCCAGGAAACUUGACCCAACAAGGAGGACAGGAUGUUACAAGACACCAAAGAGAAAUCUUUAGGGAGCUACACUUCGGUCUACUUAACGUACCCUGCGGAAAUGAUUCCAAAUGUCGAAUGGAACGUGAACAUGAAUCUAAGACUUCCGAGUCUCAAGGGAACAAAAAUUUUUCAGCGGACACAAAGAUUACUUAAUUUUGUUUUAGUUGUUCUGUUUCUCAUUGCAGUAUCUUAUCUGCAGAGGGAAGUGCGAAGCUUGCAAGUAAAGGUGCAAUGCGUGAAUGAAAAUCUAAUGCUUCUGAUGAUCAAAUAUGACCGACUGAACAGAAACUUGAACAGAGUUUGGUUUCAUCGGGCAUACGAUAAACUUUACGAGACGACUGCUGGAGUUUACACGCAACACAGUACCCAGAACCCGCAGGUAGUGCCUCAGGAAAUACAGAAUACUAUCAAGUCCCAAACCGUACAUGACUCUAGUCCGAAUGAUGCGCAUGCACAAAACAAUGUUAAUGGAAACCAAUCUGAUAUAGUCAGUAGCGACGUAAGCAUUAGCAGUACUUCUGUAGUGCGUACCAAUGGCAAUAAUAGUGGUGAUCGGAGAAACGAGACAAAAUGGGAAACGGAUGACAAUCGAUACAAAUUUGUGACCGAUGAAUCGGAACCAUCAAAAAUUGAACAAGGGUGGCUCGAAAGCUUGAGUACAGCAAGUAGCAAUUUCAACAUGCCACGUGUAAGCAGGUCUCGACGUGACAGCAGAGCUAAGAAAAGAAACAGAAGUAGUCAAAGGAAAUCAAAGCGCAAUCGCAGGCAGACAGAAUCCGUGCGAGAAAACAUAUGUACAGAGCCUCCUCUUAUAGGACCAUUAACUGCGACGUUUGUUGGAGCUGUCCCGGAACAACAUGUAACGGAUACAGGUAUUUAUGUUGGACCCUGGACCAAGAGUUCGAAGAAUGAAUCACGUUACAACUUCAAUAAGUUCCAUCUGGUAGAAGAUAACAGAUCGAUCGAAGUUACAACAAGUGGUUUGUACUUCAUUUCUACGCAGAUAUUCUACUUCGGAGGACCUGUCCAUUACUCCUACUGGAUUUUACUUAGUUCAGAGGGUGCGUCCAGCACGCAGAAACUUACAAAAUGUGCCACCGUCUCUGCUAUUUCUGAUACCGAGAUUUCGUGCCAUACCAGCAUUACACUACCAUUACGCAAAGGUGACCGACUGCACAUACAGCAACAAGAGCGUGAUAGAUUAAUCAAUUUAAGGGAGGGCUACAGUUACGUGCAGUUGGUCCUCUUAUCCAAACAAGAUGAACGACGACGAAAACGAUGGUGAUAUUAACCAGACAAAAGAAUGAUUAUCGUGAUAUUACCCACCCAUACACCCCAUAAAGUAUGUUAACAACAUACAGUGAUACGUGUAGUGCCACUUAAAAUUCAAACAGGACGUUUGAACCCUACAUGUUACUUCUACUUUUUUUUUAUAUUUCUAUUUAUAGUCGAAUAAUGUUUUAUACGAAUGAGCAAUACUUUUAUCAUAGUUACGUAAUUACCAAAAUUUGGAUAAAUUUUUACGGGCCGUCCAGUCCCUUAGGAUAAGUAUAUCCAAAAUUAUUUUUGUUAGUGUUUUAAAGGCUGUCCAAUGGUAACCUAUACCACUACGGACAUUUUCUAACGUUUCUCUCUAUACCAUUUCUAUAAGUUAAGGACAAAAUUGUUAUCACGACCCACCAUCGACAAUUAAGACUUCUUCCCAUCAUUGUUACAUCUCUAAUUAAGUACCGUGUACAGCUUGUUAUAAGUCAGCUAGUGAUGUGCUCUAAAAUGAAUAUUUCCAACGAUUGUGGAAGUGUCAGGAACGCGGAAAUUGUAACAAUCUCGCAUAAGAAGCGCCGCUCUACCAUGUUACAUCCUGUAUCGAACAUAAGAAAUCUUUUUUUUAUACGAA